CGUGGCGCUGCUUGCUAGACUUUUGAGUUUGGCACGCAAUCAUGCUACAUAUAUAGUGAUCUGUGCACGCAAUCGAAGUAAUUCCAUCGGAUUCUUUUGUGUUACGUGAAAUCUAACAUUUUUGUUGUGUUGUAGGAACAAAUAAUUUAAUUACUAAUGCGGUGCUAAUAAUAAUGAUAUCGGGUAAUGUGUGAUAUUUUAACCACGGAAGGGUACUAUUAGAGUACCAUACAUACGCAACGUAGACCUAAAAUCAUAUUAUUAAUUUUCACUAGGUCGCCUAUCGAUUACUUCUACCCGUUUAUGGUGUUAAUCCAAGAUGGCGGAAGCUCACUCAGCAGUCGCAUUCUCUUUUGCGAUUACUCAUGAUGGAUGGGAUGUUAAUUUUGACCGAGAAGUACUUUACUUAGUGUGGGAGUCAGGUUUACGUUCCUGGAAAAAGCGCCUAGCAAGAUUUAGGAAUAGUGUCCACAAUGGAGUAUAUCCUGGGCACCUGCAAUCUCUUUACGUACUGUGGACUUUAUUGGUGGCUGCACACUUUGGUGGCUUUAACAUACCGUUCGGACUUAUUCAAAAGGCACUAACGAUACUUCCCGGCACUUCGACCCUAUGGCAAAUAAUAGCUUGUCUUUUGGCAGCUUUAACAAUGUGGCUAUCAGUUAUUUUCUUAAUGAGAUACACGCUGAAACUACUGUUGAUGUACAAGGGAUGGAUGUACGAAUCAAGAGCACCUGGUGCGAAGAUAUCACUCAAAACAAUGUUGUGGGUCAGCGUUGUAAAAGUACUCUCAGGCUGGAAUAAACCCAAACUCUAUAGUUUUCAAGGAUCCCUGCCGAGAUUACCUUUGCCCUCUGUGAAAGACACCAUGCAACGGUAUUUGACUAGCGUUCGACCUCUGUUGGACGAUGAGAAUUACAAAAGAGUAGAAAAUCUCGCAAAGGAAUUUGAAGAAACAAUCGCAGUAAAAUUACAACGUUAUCUCGUUCUGAAAUCCUGGUGGUCUAGUAACUACGUGUCUGAUUGGUGGGAAGAGUACGUAUAUUUACGAGGUCGUUCGCCACUGAUGGUCAACUCCAAUUUCUACGGUACCGGUGCCAUUUUAUUGACCGCCACUACUAACCAGGCCGCACGUGCCGCGGUCUUCAUAUAUCUCAGCUUGAGGUUCAGGAGACUUAUCGACAGACAGGAGCUUGAACCGAUAAUGCUCCAAAACAUGGUCCCGUUGUGUUCUUGGCAAUACGAAAGGUUGUUCAACACUGUCCGCGUGCCCGGCGUGGAAACUGACAAGAUUGUGCACUACCAAGACUCGAACCACGUAACCGUGUACCACAAGGGGAGGUACUUCAAAGUGAUCGUUUACUCCAGAGGCCGCUUGUUGAAACCGUGCGAGAUUCAAGUACAAAUUCAGCAGAUACUGGACGAUGACUCUGAGCCGGCCGUAGGCGAGGAGCGUCUGGCCGCGCUCACGGCAGGCGAGCGCUCCCACUGGGCGCACAUCCGACAGACCGCCUUCAACCGCGGCCAUAACAGGACCUCUCUACACUGCAUCGAGCGAGCGGCGUUCAACGUGUGCCUGGAUGACUGUGAAUAUGGCUUCGACGAAAAAGAUCCCUCUAAACUGGACCAAUACGGGCGCAUACUCUUACACGGAAAAGGCUGCGACCGCUGGUUCGACAAGUCCUUCAAUCUGUGUUUUAGCACUAAUGGCUCAGUUGGCUUCAAUGCAGAACACACUUGGGCCGACGCUCCGGUGAUGGGACACCUUUGGGAAUACGUCAUUUGGUCUGAGCUAGAAAUCGGGUACGAUGAGAAUGGCAACUCUAAAGGCACCGUGGACACACCUCCCCCCGCACCCAUCCGCCUGCAGUGGGAACUGGACAAGGAAGAGAUCAUGACCGGGAUCGACGUCUCCUACAACGUCGCAAACAAACUGCUCAACGACGUCGACCUGAGGAUCCUUAUGUACACCAAAUACGGAAAAGGAUUCAUGAAGACCUGCCGCGUUUCGCCCGACGCCUACAUCCAGCUGAUCCUGCAGCUGUCGUAUUACCGCGACGCGGGCCGAUUCUGCCUCACGUACGAGGCAUCCAUGACCCGAAUGUUCCGCGAGGGGCGCACCGAAACCGUCAGGCCCUGCACCAUCGAGAGCUCCGACUGGGUCAAGUCGAUGGUUGACCCGACGGUUUCGGUGGAGGAGCGUAUGCGCCUGUUCGUGAGGGCGAGCCGCCGGCACCAGCUCGGCUACCAGGACGCGAUGUCGGGCCGCGGCAUCGAUCGCCACCUCUUCUGUCUAUACGUGGUAUCCAAGUACCUGGAGCUGGACUCGCCCUUCCUCCAGGAGGUGUUCAACGAGCCCUGGAGGCUUUCCACCAGCCAGACGCCACACGGUCAAACCAGUAUGAUCGACCUGAAGAAGUAUCCGAACUGCAUCAGCGCUGGCGGCGGCUUUGGCCCCGUGGCCGAUGACGGCUAUGGCGUCUCCUACAUCAUCGUCGGAGAGGACACCAUCUUCUUCCACGUUUCUAGCAAGAAGAGCUGCCCCAUCACGAGUUCUUCUAACUUCGUGAAGCAAAUUGAACGCUCCCUCAAAGAUGUACAGGACCUCUUCAUUGAAUAUAAGAAACUCAAAAGUUGUCAAAAGUAGUAAAUAAUUAUAAUAAGACUUGCGAUUCCCGUUGUUUUUAGAUUUAUUAACUAUUACUAAUAAUUUUUUGUUGUUGUUGUAAUAUGUAGUUUAUAAAUAUUACACUGGUUUCAUAGGCUAAGCAAAGACUCAAAAGUAUUCUUUUAGACACUUUUAUAUACAAAUUUAUAUAUUGUGAGUUGUCGUUUAAAUAAUAUACAAAUAAUAAAAGUGUUCAAUAAGCAAUCAUUAUUUAAUAUUUUAUAUGUCUACAAAUCAUUCGCAAACAAUUUUAUCAAUAUUGAGUAGUUUAUAUAUAAGAAGAAUCAGUGUGAUAAAACUUGGCUAAGUACAGAAUGUUUUUUUAUUUUAAUAUUUAUAUGCUUUUAUGUUAAAGGAUGACGGUGCAUGCUAUAAUUAUUGUAUGUUUCAGUUUUGAAUUUUUGAUAACCUACAUGGUAGCCGCUAGGUUAACACAGUUUGUAACUUUAAAGAUAUGAUCGUGUCUUGAAAAAGACUGCAUCAAUGCAUUGAUGUAUGAUUAAUGAAUAAUAAUAUGAAAUCACAAUUUUGUAAAUUACCUAUUUCAUUGUGCUUAAUAACGGGCUUUAGUUGUUAUAUUUUUUUAUCGUUCUGAGUUUAAAGAGUAAUGACGCCAGCAUCAUGUGUGAAGGCAGCUACCUCUUUUACCCGUCCACCUACGGAAGUCUAUUCACUAAUUAAAUUUGUGUGUCAUGGACCAAGUAACAUUAUUCAUACACUAUAGUCAUUUUGAAAAAUGCUACAUUUGAGAGGUCAAUAAUAAAUAGUAAUGACUAAUAUAAUUUACCUGAAGCUCUACUCUCUUUCUCCGAAACAAAAUUUCUGCAUCGAACGAAUUUAAACAAAAUUUCGCUAGUGACUAUUUAUUUUUCGAACACGCACUUAUAGUUGGGAAUCAUAAACAAUUUUCGUGAACGAAUGGAAUGACUCAUGUUUGUGAGUUAUUCUUAUCUCCACUUUGAGAUUACGUUUUUACUUGGAAAGAAUAUUAAUUACAUUACGACAAAAGUUUUGAUGACAUAAAAUAACUUUCUUUGACAGUGUUAGCCACCUAAUUUUUAUAGUUGAUGCAAUCGAUUAUAUGUCAACAUAAAGGAAAAGAAUUUUGUAUGGACCCCAUUUCUACCCCGCAACAGACACGGCAAGUGUGUGGAUUUGUUCAUUCUUACUCAAAAAGAGACGAAAUACUUGUUUUAGUUGGGAAUUGUUGGGGUUUAAUUAUAAGUAAUAAAAAAAACCGGCAUAAAUGUGUUAAUUUUCAUACCAAAAAUAUAUUUUUCCUAAAAAUGUUCUCGAACUGAAAAAUUAUUGACUUACAAAUACAAUGUUUUACUUAAUGUUCGUUUUUAAUCGACUUCAAAAAUUAGGAAGUUCUCAAUUCGUCAUUACAUGAUUUUUUUAUAUCGUUGUUCACGCAUCUCUCUGCUUUACGUGGACCGAUUUUGGUGAUUCUGUUUUUGUUUGAAUCAAUUAAUUUUUGAAGAUAUUACAAAAAAAACUGAUUAUACGUAUUAAUUUGGUUAGGAUCUGAUCUGAAUUUCGGAGAAAAUAAUAGACUCCUCAAUUACAAAAAGUACUCAAUUGGUAUUUGGUUAUUUUAAGAGAUAAUGCAAGUCAGAUACCAAGUACAUAGAAAGUUGAUCAUGCUCUGGCUUAUAAAAAGUGUAAAAUCAAAAACUUUUUUAACGAAAGUAAAAACCAACUUCAUGAAAACAAAACCACUAAAGAAGUAAAAAUAAUGCAUAGUCUUUACUUACAUUACAUUAUUACAUUUAAACUCAAAAAUAAUUUGAAGUCGGUGCCAUGCCGUGCAUGUUGAUAGAUCUGAGUUUCUUUUUGGAUUUUUCAGGUUCUAUCUUAUUCAUUAUGUCUUCAAAGUCGUGAACUACUGGUCCAAAUUAAAUAAUUCUUUUUGUGUUAGAUAGUGCAUUUAUUGAGGCAGGUUAUAAGCUAUGACACUGAUAUUAUAAAGGCGAAAGUUUGUGAGUGUGUAUGUUUGUUAAUUCUUUACGUAUAAACGGCUGGAGCGAUUUUAAUAAAAUUUGAUAUUGAGUUAUCUGACACCCUGGAUUUACACAUAGGCUACGUUUUACUGCGGGAAAAUAUCCUUAAUUCUUCUUCUUUGUCGGUAUCACUCUUGACAGAGUGGUAGUGGUCAUCAAUUCAGGUGUUGGUGGCAAGCUUCACAACACGCCGCCACUCAUCUCAAUCCUUAAUUAACCGCAGCUAAAACCGCGGGGCACAGCUAGUAUAAAAUGAAGCUAUAACCAAAAGGACCAGAGCAACAAUGAAAAAUGUUGCAAAUACGGAAAAAGUUUAAGCGCUUCCGUUGCGUGCGCUGCCUAAACGGUAAAAGUAACAUAUACAAAAAUCAAGUAUGACAUAAUUGCUUCCCUUUAAAAUUUCAUAUUUAAAGCAUGUCGCC